CAAAGAAAGUUUUUGAUCUUCUUCUGUUUCAUAUUUGGAAAUUGAAGGCUUUAGUCAUAACUUUCGAGUUUUUUGGGUGUAAUUUUUUUUUAAUUUUGGGCAAGGUUUGUUAUUGUGAGCAUUUGAUUGGGUUCUCACCCCUAAUUGUUGGGUGUUCGCCUUUGGUUAAUGAUCUAGUUUGCAGACGAGCAGUUAGUUUGAAAGUGGAAGCAGAUGAAGCAUAUUUGAGUAAUGAAAGCACAGUAACCGAUAUAAACACCUUUUUUGAAGAUGCAUGUAAAUCGUCAUGUGAAGGAAUAAUGGCAAAAACUCUAGAUAUUGAUGCUGGAUAUUGUGCAUCAAAGCGCACUGAUGCCUGGUUAAAGGUCAAACGUGACUAUAUUGAAGAAUUGGGUGACAGUCUUGAUUUGGUACCCAUUGGCGCUUGGUAUGGGAAUGGAAGAAAAGCGGGAUGGUACAGCCCUUUCCUUAUGGCGUGCUACAACCCUGAUGCUGAAGAGUUUCAAGGUGUGUGUAGAGUCAUGUCUGGCUUCUCAGAUGAAUUCUAUAAGUCGAAUGAUGAGGAAGAAGGUGAAGAAGGAGAAGAAGAGGGCCUGAGUAAAUGUAUAGGGAAGGAGUUGAAGAACCUUCUGCAGUGUCAUAGCCAUUGUAAAUAAUUUAUGUAAAAGUUUAUAAACAAUUUAUGUAUCUCUCUACUAUUUU